GUGUCUCUGUGUCUCUGUGUCAAUAUAUGUCUCUGUGUCUCUGUGUCUCUGUGUCUAUAUGUGUUUCUGUGUCUCUGUGUCUCUGUGUCUAUAUGUGUCUCUGUGUCUAUAUGUGUAUCUGUGUCUCUUUGUCUCUGUGUGUGUCUCUGUGUCUCUGUGUCUCUGUGUCUAUAUGUUUCUCUGUGUCUCUGUGUCUCUGUGUCUAUAUGUUUCUCUGUGUCUCUGUGUCUAUAUGUUUCUCUUUGUCUCUGUGUCUCUGUGUCUAUAUUUGUCUCUGUGUCUCUGUGUCUCUGUGUCUAUAUUUGUCUCUGUGUAUUUGUCUCUGUGUCUCUGUGUCUCUGUGUCUAUAUUUGUCUCUGUGUCUCUGUGUCUCUGUGUCUAUAUGUUUCUCUUUGUCUCUGUGUCUCUGUGUCUAUAUGUGUCUCUGUGUCUCUGUGUCCCACUGUUUCUCUGUGUCUCUGUGUCUCUGUGUCUCUGUGUCUAUAUGUUUCUCUUUGUCUCUGUGUCUCUGUGUCUAUAUGUUUAUCUGUGUCUCUGUGUCUCUGUGUCUAUAUGUUUCUAUGUGUCUCUGUGUCUCUGUGUCUAUAUGUUUCUCUGUGUCUCUGUGUCUCUGUG